UGUCAUGGCCGCGAAUCUCCGGUGCCGGGUCUGGCAUCGUUAAUCAGAGCGAACACGAGAACGAACGAUCGGCUGGUAGCAAAGGAAAACGCGGAACCCGGUGAACGUUAACAGCUGGAAGGAAGUAAUGGUGGUGGCCAGCGACGAGAGGAUCGCGUUGGCCGGCCACGAGGCGAUGGACGGACGCCGCAGGAUGAAGUUUAGGAAGCUAUUCCGCAGCCGAAUGUCGCGAACCACUGUUCUCACCGCGAAACUGAAACAGUGCACCAGAAAGCAGGCGACCAGAGUCCGGAAAUGCAUGUGUCUGCCCUCGAACUACGGCCUCGUCGAGUUUCCCAUGGUCUGGUCGGAGCUUAGGGCGAACCAGCAGCUGUGCGACGGUGCAAUCAGAUGCGCCAGGGACCACGUAUUCCCAGUGCACCGAGUCAUCUUGUCCGCGGUCAGCCCGUACUUCAAGGCGCUUUUCACGAACAGCCUGAAAGGCGGCAAGACCGAGACCACCGAGGUCGUCAUCGAUUCCAUACCCAGCGAAAUUUUCAGCCUGAUCCUCGAUUACGCGUACACCGGCACCUGCGACGUCAACACCGACAACGUCGAGCAGCUCUUACCGCUCGCCGAUCAGUUCGAGGUCCUCGGGGUCGUCCAACUGUGCUGCCAGUUCCUGCUGCAGGAGCUCAGGCCGGAGAAUUGCUUAGGUAUCAUUAAAUUCGCCCGUCACUAUUUCUGCCGUGACCUGGAAGAGAAGGGCCGGAAAUACAUUCGUCAUCACUUUAAGCGGAUACUGCAAGAGAGCCCGGAAUUCAAAGAGCUCACCGGCGAGGAACUCGAGGCGAUCCUACGUGACGACGAGCUCAACGUUAAAAACGAGGAAAUAGUUUUCGAGGCCGUUAAAACCUGGGUCGAGCACAACCUAGAAGAAAGGAGGCCCCGUUUGCAGAGACUCUUGAAAUGCGUGCGCUACGGUUUUAUCAGCUAUCCGUUCUUCACGAACAAUAUUCUCACGUGGACGAUCAUCGAGGAGGAUGAAGUCUGCCAGCAAAUCAUAUGGGAGGCAAACGCGUACAUAAACAAGCUGGACGCGAAGCAGAACGGCGGUGAUAUCGAUCUGAAGAAUCCUCUCGCGCGGCCGCGGAUCCCUCACGAAAUCCUGUUCGCGAUCGGCGGCUGGACCGCCGGCGCGCCGACCAACUUCGUGGAGACCUACGACACGAGAGCUGACAGAUGGUUUCUAUCAGUGAACACGGACGCAACGCCGAGGUCCUACCACGGGCUCUGCGCCCUGGACAAUCUGAUCUACAUGAUCGGCGGGUUCGAUGGGAAUCAACAUUUCAACACGGUCCGCUGCUUCGACCCGGUGAUCAAGAAAUGGCGGGAACGGGCGUGCAUGUACCACGCGAGGUGUUACGUCAGCGUUUGCACUCAUGGCGGCAAGAUUUACGCCCUGGGCGGCUAUAACGGGCGCGGGAGAAUGAGCUCGGGCGAAAGAUACGAGCCGCAAAGGAACCAAUGGGAGAUGAUACCGCCGAUGCAACGACAGCGAUCGGAUGCAAGCGCUGCGGCGUUGCACGACAAGAUUUACAUCGUCGGCGGUUUCAAUGGCCGCGAGGUCCUGGAUUGCGCGGAGGUCUUCGACGUGGAGACCAAUCAGUGGAGUUACAUUCAUUCGAUGCUGAACCCGCGGUCGGGGGUUUCCCUGGUUGCAUUCCGGGACAGCCUCUACGCUCUCGGAGGCUUCGACGGCUUUAACAGACUGAGCAGUGGGGAACGUUACAAUCCGAACCAUUCGGAGGACUGGCACGCGGUUCCAGAAAUGUUCAGCCCCCGCAGCAAUUUCGCCACGGUCAUCUUGGACGAUAUGAUCUUCGUUGUCGGCGGUUUUGAUGGGGACACGACGAUCGCGUACGCAGAAUGCUAUGACGCAGACAGCAACGAGUGGUACGAUGCAUCGCCCAUGAAUCUCAAUCGAAGUGCGUUGAGUGCAUGUGUUAUCGCUGGCCUAUCUAACGCACGCGAAUACUCCUAUCAGAGCAAAGCUCACAACCUUGGUCAAGGGCAAGCAUCAUCCGAGAACCAGGAGAAGAAUCAAGGCGGCGAAGGUGCCGCGGAGACGAACUCCGCCAUUUUCCUGGAGGAGGACGCAGAAGAGGAAGAAGUGAGUUUCGAGGACCAUGAUCAAGGUGAAGUCGGCGACAUGGACGAAACCGCGGAGAGCGUUGGAAACUUUCCGGAGUAACUUAACGACAGAAAAAACGAUAUUUAAAAAAAAACCGAAAAAAUAAGUUACAUUUCGAUAGAUAAACUCGCGAGUAACUCGAUGUUUGUAGCGUUUCGUCCGAAAUGUUUCGGACAAGAUUGAGAGCAGCGUCUACACUGCAGCGGUAAUAGGAAAAGGGAGGGGGGCAGAGAUUGAUAUGAUCGCGUGACCAUAAAAAAUGAAAAAACCAUUCGAUCGGGCGCUACGAGAGAGAGCUACAGGCAUGGGAAAAAGAGAUUUGCAGCCUGAUGCAAAUAUUUAUUUUUGUAACACGUUUUGCGAGAAAUCGUCGUGUGAAAUGGUGCGCGGGUUUUAACCGCGAUCGGGUUUUCCAUUUUUAGCCAAAUUGCUGUUUUAUAGGGGAUAUUAGGUUUCUUUUAAAUUACUUUUUUUUUGCUUCUUUUUGUAGGAUACGGUUGGUCAAUGGGGAACACGAUUCGCGUUCUUCGUCCGAAUUUUAUCUAUUGACGUAUUACAUUGAAAACCGAUUUUAAGCGCAUUCAAAUGUUUUUUUUGCCGAUCCAGAUGCUUUUUGCGCUCUUGAUUUCCGCUGCGUGGAGAUUGGAUAGAUUUUAAAUUGUCGACCGGACCAAAUUGUUAUUUCCCAUUUUUUUUUUCUAUCGUACGUGUUUUUUCUGGUAGCGAUUCUAAUGUGACUUGAUCUGUUAUUUUAAACGAAUAAAAGUAUACCGAUUGCAAAAUCUUCGCCCGUUUGAUUCUACAAAAAUAAACUAAGGACAAAGAGACAGACUGGAUUUUAAUGCAAGUUUUUAAACAUGCUAUACUAUGUUCCCGUUUAUUUCGCAUUUUUCCGAAUUUGAGCAUCGAAAAUCUGAGAUGUAAACGAUAAAUGAAAGGCGAUGAUAAGUGAAGCUGCUCGAUGCGCGAUAAGACUGCAAGAGAUUUUUCUACGUAUAGGUGAGGUAAGCCUUCGCCGCAAAAUAACACCAGACGUUUCGUUUUGUAUUAAUCUAUCUCAUUUAUGUAUACGUAGAUUUAUUCAGUUUCCACAUGUAUCCAUAUAUUAUGUAUAGUGUA